UGGCCGCGAAAAAAAUAUCUUUACCUCACCUGGCUCCUUUGUGCAGGUACGCAUUUGUUUGGCAACAUUCCAGGGACUUUCCGUUCCGCGGUCUACCGGCGUUCCAAUGGCAGAGAAGCACAAGUUGCCCCCGAUGACCGAUUCGGUCGUGGUACCUGGGCCAGUUUGGAAACCGUUUUACCGGCAUAUCAUUCUGGCAGUCGCUGGGAGCGUCUGCUGCUAUUUGCUCAGCAGCUACAGUGGAUUGCCCUACUUUCGUCAACCCGCAGUUGUGCCGAGGACCGCCGAGCAGCUGUUCAGUGAAGCUGAGCUCUUGGAGCACAACGGCGUAACUAGCGAGUCGCUCUAUCUCGUUAUCCUGGGCCAUGUGUACGAUGUAACGGAGGGUGCGAAACACUAUGGGCCCGGCGAAUCCUACCACAUGUUCGUAGGCCACGAUGCAUCGCGCUCCUUUGUGACGGGUGAAUUCGAGCGGUACAGCGACGAGUUGAGCGACGUGUCCGGGUUGACCGAUGCCGAGCUGCAGCAGCUGCUCACGUGGAAAGAGUUUUACGACAAAACGUACCCGUACCUUGGCAAGGCGACCGGCCGGUACUUCGACGGUAUAGGUCAGGAGACCGAAUAUUUGCGGUUGGUACGAGCACGAGUGGAGAAAGCGGCCGCGCAGGCCGCGAACGAUGGCCCCAAGUAUCCGUCCUGCAAUGUCGAGUGGAAAGUCGAGAUCGGGACGCGCGUCUGGUGCUCCAAUCGCAGCGGCACCGGCCAAGAGCGAUCGUGGGUGGGCCGACCCCGGAAAGUGCUGCCCGGUCACAACGAGUCUGGUCGUGCGGUGCAAUUUUGCGCCUGCCUGCCGGACGAUGCGACUGACGACGAGACAAUGUACGUUCGCUUUCCGAACUGCGACAAGAGCGCUGAAUCGUGCGUCAUUCCUGAUCAGGAAUGAAAGCACUACACCUUCCACUAGUAUGCCUUACUCAUGACUCAAGUGCAAUUAGUAGAGGCCCUUUACAUGCUCUCUGCGCCCACUUGCAACACACAGUAUUCGAAUGGAUCACCGCGAGUAUCAGAUGGAAGA